AUGAGCGAAAGCAAAAAACAUGAAGAAUUUGUGUUAAAUGAAACAAAAUGUCAUUUGCCAGAACAAGUACAUAAUUCUUUAGAUUCAAAUAAUCAUAGCGAUACUGAGAAUAACAUUUUUUGGGAGCCGAAAUUAAGAAAAAAAAAUUCAUUUAGUAAUCCUCUUUUAAGUAUACCACCAUCGACAUCGAAUGCAAAUUGCGAGAUCCAAGAUGAUAGUAACGAAAGAUCAUCUUCUUUUUUUAAAGAUGGCUAUAGAAGUAUUGAUUAUGUAUUGGUUUGGGAUAAAUUUCAACCUAGAUCCUUAGAUAAAAUAAAUGUAGAAAAAAGACAGAUUUUCGAAGAUAAUUUGAGAGGUGAAGGUUUAGAUUUAGAAUAUGAAAAUGAAGUUGAUGGACUUAAUUUUAUUAAAAUUCAUGCACCCCUUCAAGUUUUAAGAAGAUAUAGCGAAAUAUUAAAAUUAAGAAUGCCUAUGAAAGAGAUACCUGAAUUUCAAGGUGUUCACGAUAGAACAAAUUCAUUUUUCGACAAAUGCAAUGCAAGUAUUUACUCUGUAUUAAAACACAUAUACGUAGAUAAAAAAAUAUUUCCUAGGAAAAGUCAUAGAUUUACAGCAGUUUAUAGUCGAGACAAAGAAUACCUGUUCGACGUCAAUUCACCUGGUUUUUUCACACCAGCCAUUCAUUCACGUAUCGUGCAAUUUAUUUUAGACAGACAGAGAUUUUCUCUCGACGACAGUAAUGAAUUUGCAUUCGGAAUAGAAAGGUUAAUUAAUGAAAAUGUCUACAGGGCAGCUUAUCCAUUGCAUGAUGGAGAUUUAAAUACACCCGGAAGCAUGCGAUACACUUUAUUCAACGAAUGGGGAAGCAUAAAAAGGUUUUACCGUUAUCAACCUUUAGAUUACGUAAAAGACUAUUUCGGAGUUAAAAUAGCAUUGUAUUUUGCCUGGUUGGGAUUUUAUACUCACAUGUUAGUUCCUGCUAGUAUUGUAGGCCUUGUUUGCUUUAUUUAUAGCUGUUGCACUAUUUAUCAAAAUCAACCUAGCCAAGAUAUAUGUGAAAAUCAAUUAAAAAUAAAAAUGUGUCCUCUAUGUGAUUUUUUUUGCGAUUAUUGGGAUUUAUCCGAAACUUGUUUGCACGCUAGAGUAACUUAUCUCAUUGAUAAUCCCUCCACAGUUUUUUUUGCAAUUUUUAUGUCUUUCUGGGCGGCUAUGUUCCUCGAACUUUGGAAAAGGUAUUCGGCUGAGAUAACACAUCGAUGGGAUUUGACCGGUUUCGAUAUCAACGAAGAACAUCCUAGACCUGAAUAUUUGGCAAGGUUGGCACACGUCGAAAAGAAACACGUUAACGUUGUUACAAAUACGAUGGAACCGUAUGUGCCUUUUUGGAAAGUACGAUUUCCAGCCACGAUGCUUAGCUUUUCCAUCGUUCUUUUAUUGGUUGCAAUGGCCGUUGCUGCAGUUUUGGGCGUUGUCUUGUAUCGAAUGUCUCUUCUUGCUGCUCUGAGCGUUUACGGAGAUUCCGUUAUCACGAGUUAUGCAAUUUUAUUCACGACCGCAACGGCUGCCACCAUUAAUUUAUUUUGUAUUUUUAUUUUCAAUUGGAUUUAUUCUUGGUUGGCUGAAUGUUUAACGGAGUUGGAAUUUCUACGUACUCAAACGGAAUUUGACGAUUCGUUAACGUUGAAAAUAUAUUUACUUCAAUUCGUUAAUUAUUACGCUUCCAUAUUUUACAUAGCUUUUUUCAAAGGGAAAUUUAUCGGAUAUCCGGGAAAUUACAAUCGUUUGUUCGGUUACCGACAAGAAGAGUGUGGUCCAGGAGGAUGUUUGAUGGAAUUAUGUAUUCAGUUGGCCAUUAUCAUGGUUGGAAAACAAGCGGCAAACACAAUUUUAGAAAUGCUCUUCCCUCUUUUUUUUAAAUGGUUAAAUUUACGUUGGCUGAGAACGGAAUUGAGGGGUAAAACAUCCAUUAAAGGAGCUUGGCAGUGGCUAAAAGAUUUCAAACUCAUUCAAUGGGGUCCGAGAGGUCUUUUUCCGGAAUAUUUAGAAAUGGUUUUGCAAUACGGAUUCGUAACGAUAUUCGUGGCGGCUUUUCCUCUCGCACCAUUUUUCGCUCUCAUCAAUAACGUAUUCGAAAUGAGAUUGGACGCGAAAAAAUUGUUGACCUUUUACAGACGACCCGUAACUCAAAGAGUUCGAGACAUCGGAGUUUGGUUUAAAAUAUUAAAUUCCAUCGGACGACUUGCUAUUAUAACAAACGGUUUCAUAAUAGCAUUUACAUCAGAAUUCAUACCACGGCUCGUAUACGUACUACACGUGAAUGUAAAUAAAUCGUUGGACGGGUAUUUAAAUCAUUCGCUGUCGUAUUUUGACGUGACUGAAUUUCCCAAAGAAUCGGCUCCCCAAAAUACAGUCUAUAACAUAUCUUAUUGUAGGUAUCCGGAUUAUAGGCAGGGACCGUGGCAGGAAAAACCUUAUUCGACCACUUCCACGUAUUGGCACGUUCUUGCGGCACGAUUGGCAUUCGUCGUCGUCUUCGAGAAUGCUGUAGUUUUGGUUAUAUUGCUGGUGCAGUGGUGCGUUCCUAGCAUACCCGGUUACCUUAAAGACAAAAUCAGAAGGGAAGCUUUCAUCACGAGCGAAAUAAUAAUCAAACAGGAAACGGAAAGAGCGAGAAGAGCCGGAUUAACGCCGACACUAAAGAGAUCGUCAAAAGGUGCCGGUGACGUAUUAUCGGGUCCCGAAGGAGCUUUGGAAACUUUAAUCGCGAGUGAAAAUAAUCUAGUCGCUUCUUCGUUGCAAAUCAAUUGCGCCCGCGUACCGCAAGAUGUUCCUCUCGUGAGUCAACUCUAA